AUGGUCAAAAAGCCCUAAACCCUCUUCAACCAUCCCCUCUCUUUUUUUAAUUUUUUCUGUUAUGCUACGUGCUCUUCUCGUCACUAUUCGCCGUUACUCUUCUCCUAUCCACCUCCUCUCUAAUCUUCUUCGCCGGCGCCACCUCUCUUCGUUUCCCGCCGCCACAAUGUCUGGCGCCGCAGCUGCUCAUCCAAAAGACGAAUCAUAUCUCAGAACAGUAAUCGACAAACGCAUCAAAUUCUUCGAAUCAAUUAAAGCACAGCAGCUCUCCCGCCUUCAAUCUCUCGAACACGAUACCAUCAAGAUUAGUUUGCCGAAUGGGACAGUGAAGGAAGGGAAGAGAUGGAUAUCGUCACCAAUGGAUAUAGCUAAGGAGAUUUCGAAGAGCUUGGCUGCGAAUGCAUUGAUUGCUCAAGUUGAUGGGGUACUUUGGGAUAUGAAUAGACCGUUAGAGACUAACUGUGAGCUUAAGAUAUUUACAUUCGAUAGUGAUGAAGGGAGAGAUACCUUUUGGCAUUCUAGUGCUCACAUUCUUGGUCAGUCAUUGGAGAUGGAGUAUGGAUGCAAGCUUUGCAUUGGGCCCUGCACCACAAGAGGAGAGGGAUUCUAUUAUGAUGCAUUCUAUGGUGAAUUGGGCUUGAAUGAGGAACAUUUCAAGAAAAUUGAAGCUGGGGCAUUGAAAGCUGUUGCGGAAAAGCAACCUUUUGAGCGUAUUGAAGUGUCAAGAGAAGAAGCACUAGAAAUUUUUUCAGAAAAUAAUUUUAAGGUUGAGAUCAUCAAUGAUCUUCCGGCAGACAAAACUAUAACUGUAUACAGAUGCGGCCCAUUAGUAGAUUUAUGUCGAGGACCCCAUAUACCAAACACAUCCUUUGUGAAAGCUUUUGCAUGUUUGAAGGCUUCGUCAGCUUAUUGGAGGGGUAACAAGGAUCGUGACAGUUUACAGAGAGUUUAUGGGAUAUCCUACCCUGAUCAGAAACGUUUGAAGGAGUAUAUUCAACAGCUGGAGGAAGCAAAGAAGUAUGACCACAGAUUAUUGGGUACAAAGCAGGAGCUUUUCUUUUGUCAUCAGUUGAGUCCAGGAAGUUGGUUUUUUCUUCCACAUGGAACUCGAAUUUACAAUAAACUGAUGGACUUUAUACGAGUUCAGUAUAGAGAGAGAGGCUAUGAAGAGGUCAAAUCUCCAAAUAUUUACAACAUGAAACUUUGGGAGACAUCUGGUCAUGCUGCAAAUUAUAAGGAGAAUAUGUUUUUGCUCGAGAUUGAAAAGCAAGAAUUUGGCUUGAAACCCAUGAAUUGUCCUGGACACUGCGUAAUUUUUCAACAUAGGGUGCGAUCAUAUAGAGAGCUCCCUCUUCGGCUUGCUGACUUUGGGGUAUUACAUCGUAAUGAGGCCAGUGGAGCACUUACUGGAUUAACACGUGUUCGAAGAUUUCAGCAGGAUGAUGCUCAUAUAUUCUGCAGGGAGACACAGAUAAAAGAUGAAGUGACAGGCGUCUUAAACUUCAUUGAUUAUGCCUAUAAAAUAUUUGGUUUCACUUAUGACCUGAAGCUAUCCACGAGGCCAGAGAAAUAUCUAGGCGACUUGGCAACAUGGGAGAAAGCUGAGUCUUCUCUUAAAAGUGCCUUGGAUGAUUUCGGGAAGCCUUGGCAGAUAAAUGAAGGCGAUGGAGCUUUUUAUGGGCCCAAGAUAGAUAUCAGUGUAUCGGAUGCAUUGAAUCGGAAAUUUCAGUGUGCCACAUUGCAGCUUGACUUCCAGCUUCCAGAUCGUUUUGAGUUGGAGUACUCGGCAGAGGAUGAAGCCAAGAGAGAAAGACCUGUUAUGAUACACAGAGCCAUCCUAGGGUCUGUUGAGCGUAUGUUUGCUAUACUAUUGGAGCAUUACAAGGGGAAGUGGCCUUUCUGGCUUAGUCCUCGUCAGGCUAUUGUCUGCCCUGUUUCUGAGAAAUCCCAGGAGUAUGCUGUACAGGUGCAGGAUCAGAUCUAUAAAGCUGGGUAUUAUAUUGAUGUUGACUUAACUGACAGAAAGAUUCAGAAAAAGGUACGAGAAGCUCAGUUGGCACAGUACAAUUAUAUAUUGGUGGUUGGGGAAGAGGAAGCAAAAACUGGACAGGUGAGUGUGCGAGUGAGAGACAAGGCUGACCACUCAGUAAUGAGUAUUGAGAGCCUACUCAAACACUUCAAGGAUGAAGUAGCAGCAUUUCAUUAGGGGGACAAACGUUGAAGAGAUCCUUGUUCUCAAUUUAGCUUAGAAAUUGGCUUUUGGAAUCUCUCUGAAGUUGCUGUAUUUGUAAUUGAGGCUAAUGAAGCUAUGCUUGAUAUCUCAUAUAAUGGAAAGAUUUUCCCUUUUCUUGAUUUCCAGUUGUAUUCGUUUUUUAUCUACUUUCCUAAGUCUGCUCUCUUGGGGUUGCACUUGGUGUGGUUCUUUCUUGUUUAUGUGGCCCCUUUAUUGUUUAAUCUUUGAAGGCUCAUUUCCUAGAUUAUCAAGUUGUUUAGACAUGCAAUUUUUUAUUGCUUUUCGAACU